ACCCGACUGCCCCAAGAGCACCGAGAGCCCGGCCCGCGUCUCCGCCGUCGCGACGAGGAGCCGGGCGGGCGGCGGGCGCGCUCCCCGCGGCCCCGGGAUGACUUCUCCGGGCUCUCCGUUGGCGCCUCUGCUGCUCCUCUCUCUGCACGGUGUCGCAGCUUCCCUGGAAGUCUCCGAGAGCCCUGGGAGUAUCCAGGUGGCUCGGGGCCAGACGGCAGUCCUGCCCUGUACCUUCACUACCAGCGCUGCCCUCAUUAACCUCAAUGUCAUUUGGAUGGUCAUUCCUCUCUCCAACGCUAACCAGCCUGAGCAGGUCAUUCUGUAUCAGGGUGGACAGAUGUUUGAUGGUGCCCCCCGGUUCCAUGGUAGGGUAGGAUUUACAGGCACUAUGCCAGCCACCAACGUCUCUAUCUUCAUUAAUAACACUCAACUGUCAGAUACAGGCACCUACCAGUGUUUGGUCAAUAACCUUCCAGAUAGAGGGGGCAGAAACAUUGGGGUCACCGGUCUCACAGUUUUAGUUCCCCCUUCUGCCCCACACUGCCAAAUCCAAGGAUCCCAGGAUAUCGGCAGUGAUGUCAUCCUGCUCUGCAGCUCAGAGGAAGGCAUCCCUCGGCCAACUUACCUUUGGGAGAAGUUAGACAAUACCCUCAAACUACCUCCAACAGCCACUCAGGACCAGGUCCAGGGGACAGUUACCAUCCGGAACAUCAGUGCUCUGUCUUCAGGCCUGUACCAGUGCGUGGCUUCGAAUGCCAUCGGAACCAGCACCUGUCUGUUGGAUCUCCAGGUUAUUUCACGGGCAUUCUUUUACUGGAGAAGCAAAAAUAAAGAGGAGGAGGAAGAAGAAAUUCCUAAUGAAAUAAGAGAGGAUGAUCUUCCACCUAAAUGUUCUUCUUCUGCCAAAGCAUUUCACACCGAGAUAUCCUCUUCAGAGAACAACACAUUGACCUCUUCCAAUACCUACAACAGUCGAUACUGGAGCAACAAUCCAAAAGUUCCUAGGAACACGGAGACCUUCAACCACUUCAGUGACUUACGCCAGUCUUUCUCUCUCCACUCAGGCAAUGCUAACAUCCCAUCCAUCUAUGCUAAUGGGAACCAUGUGGUCCCAGCUCCACAUAAGACUCUAGUAGUGACAGCCAACAGAGGGUCAUCCCCGCAGGUGGUGUCCAGGAGCAAUGGCUCAGUCAGCAGGAAGCCUCGGCUUCAGCACACACACUCGUACACCAUCAGCCAAGCAACACUCGAGCGAAUUGGUGCUGUCCCUGUCAUGGUGCCAGCCCAGAGUCGGGCUGGGUCCUUGGUAUAGUACCUGGGCGGACAGAGUGUUCAUAACAGGGUCAGUGGAGUGCCCCACGCAGGGGGAGGGGGGGUGAGCAAGUGCGGGGAAAGAAACACUUUCCUUAUAAGGAUACUAGUAAAAAGCACAAAGGAAAAGGCAGUGCUGUUACCUGGCCAGUGAAAUUUGUGACAUGAACUGGAAUUCUUCAUCUUGAAGACUUGUUUCCCCACCACAGAUGUCCCAGCAUUCUGUUCAAAAAACUGGAUCUCAAAGAUGUGCCAAGCCAAGAAAAAAGAUAUAAGAGCAGAAUAACACUUAAAACCCAAACUAUAGUCCAGAUGGGCUUGUUCUUUAAUUCAUGCCUAACUUAAUUAUUUUUCAAGAGACUAAAGUGCCAGGUGAAGCUUAAAUAAUGAAAUUAUUUAAAAA